CUCUCUAGGGUUCCCCUUCCUAAAUCUCACUUCACUCUCGUGCGUUUCUUGUAUAACCAAACAAGCAAACCAUGGCUGAGAGAGGCGGAGAACGCGGUGGAUUCGGUAGGGGGUUUGGAGGCAGAGGAGGCCGAGGUGGAGACCGUGGCAGAGGCCGCCGUCGUGGUCCACGUCGGGAUGCUGAAGAAGAAAAGUGGGUGCCCGUCACCAAGCUUGGUCGUCUCGUGAAAGACGGUAAGAUUUCCAAACUCGAGGAAGUCUACCUUCACUCCCUACCAAUCAAAGAACACCAGAUCAUUGAUCAGAUCCUCCCUUCACUCAAAGACGAGGUCAUGAAAAUCAUGCCUGUCCAGAAGCAGACUCGUGCUGGACAACGAACUCGGUUCAAGGCUUUUGUGGUUGUUGGAGAUGGUAACGGCCACGUCGGGUUGGGCGUUAAGUGUUCGAAGGAAGUCGCAACGGCGAUUAGGGGUGCGAUUAUAUUGGCGAAGUUGUCGGUGAUUCCGGUGAGGAGAGGUUAUUGGGGAAACAAGAUUGGUAAGCCACAUACCGUUCCGUGCAAGGUCACCGGUAAAUGUGGUUCAGUUACCGUUCGAUUGGUUCCGGCACCCCGUGGUGCAGGGAUUGUGGCUGCUAGAGUUCCGAAGAAGGUCCUUCAGAUGGCUGGUAUCGAUGAUGUGUUUACAUCUUCCCGUGGUUCUACCAAGACACUUGGAAACUUUGUCAAGGCUACUUUUGAUUGCCUUCUGAAGACUUAUGGAUUCUUGACUCCUGACUUCUGGAGGGAGACAAGAUUCAGUAGAUCUCCAUUCCAAGAGUAUACUGAUUUGCUUGCAAAGCCCACCACAAAGGCAAUUACUUAUGUUGAGGAUGUUGCUGCUGAAAUUGCUGCUUGAAAAUCAUGGGGAGAGUAUGUUUUGUCUUUAGAACGUUUUGAUUAUAGAUUGUUACCAGUCGCUUUUAAACAAUUUAAUGUUUUGAGUUAUGCUUGUUUUGGCUAUGGUAUGGUUGCACAUUCAUAUUUUCUAAUAUUAUGGUGGUUUUUUUUA